AUGAGCAAAGAAGGUUUAAUCGCUGCUAAAGAACUCAAACGUCUUCAAACCAAAUUAGUCCGACUCGAUCGAUUCAUUUCUUCUCAUGUCUCUCGUCUUCUUAAAUCCGAUCUUGUCUCUGUUCUUGCUGAAUUUCAAAGACAAGACCAAGUUUUCCUCUGUAUGAAGCUGUAUGAAGUUGUGAGAAGAGAGAUUUGGUAUAGACCGGAUAUGUUCUUUUACAGAGACAUGCUAAUGAUGCUUGCAAGGAACAAGAAAGUAGAUGAAACCAAGAAAGUAUGGCAAGAUUUGAAGAAAGAAGGAGUUUUGUUUGACCAACAUACAUUUGGAGAUCUUGUUCGAGUGUUUUUGGAUAACGAGCUUCCGUUUGAAGCAAUUAGAUUGUACGAAGAGAUGAGAGAUUCUCCUGAUCCGCCUUUGUCUCUGCCUUUUCGAGUUAUUCUUAAAGGACUUGUUCCUUAUCCUGAGUUAAGAGAGAAGGUGAAAGAGGAUUUCUUGGAGCUUUUCCCUGGAAUGGUUGUUUAUGAUCCUCCCGAGGAUUUGUGCGACGAAACUGAUGAAGAAGAUGAAGCAAGAACGGAUAGCGAUCUUGAUUAA